AUGACCAACUUAACCGGAAUGGGUCUAUUUUUACUUUGCACGCUGUCGGCGCUGAUCACUUUCACUGGAAACGCGGCGCACGGAAGCAACCUCGUUAAGCGGAGUCUCAAAAACACAGUUCCCUGCUUCGAGGAUGGAUUGUUUUACAGAAAUCCCGACCGACCGGUGCACAAGAUGUGGACCAACACCGAGUGCGCCAAGUACUACUUGUGCCUGGACGGGGAAGUGUUCGAGUUCAAGUGUUCCGUUGGGUUGCUGUUCGACGUUGCGCGCCAAAUCUGUGAUUUCAAGCAGAACGUCGAAAACUGUGACGUUACGGCGGAGGCCCGCGUGCCGAAACCCUUGCUUAAAGAUGCAAAGUGUGAAGAACGAUCACAGCUGGGUUGUGGCGAUGGCACCUGCCUGCCGAAGGAGUACUUCUGCGACGGAUCGGUAGACUGUGCCGACGGAUCGGACGAGGGAUGGUGCGAUGCAGACCACGAUCCGGACCCCGUGUAUCCGUGUGACCCUGUCGUCUGCGUCCUGCCGGACUGUUACUGCUCCAAGGACGGCACGGUGAUUCCGGGCCGACUGGAGCGAUACCACACGCCACAGAUGAUUUUGCUAACAUUUGAUGAUGCGGUCAAUUUUGAAAACUGGGAACUCUACACCGAGAAGCUGUUCACGGCCGGCCGCAAAAACCCGAACGGCUGCCCGAUCCGAGCGACGUUCUUUGUCUCGCAUCAGUACACCAACUAUGCCCAGGUGCAGCGUCUCUGGAACGACGGGCACGAAAUUGCGAUCCACUCCAUCACCCAUCGCGGCCCGGAAGAGUGGUGGUCGCGGAACGCAACCAUCGAGGAUUGGUUCGAUGAAAUGGUUGGCCAAGCGAACAUCGUUAAUCGGUUCGCGAACGUGCGCAUGGAAGAGCUUCGCGGGAUGCGUGUUCCGUUUCUGCGCGUCGGCUGGAACCGUCAGUUUCUGAUGAUGAAGGAGUUUGGGUUCGUCUAUGAUUCGUCGAUGGUGGCCCCCCACUCCAACCCCCCGUUGUGGCCUUAUACCCUUGACUACAAGAUGCCGCACGCGUGCAAUGGCGUCCAUCAGUACUGUCCGUCACGCAGUUAUCCGGGCAUCUGGGAGCUGGUAAUGAACCAGCUCGAGGCCGGCGACUACACGUGCGGCAUGGUAGACACUUGCCCACCGCACAUGAACGGCGAGGACGCGUACCGGAUGUUUGUGCACAACUUCAAGCGCCAUUACCACUCGAAUCGGGCUCCACUCGGAUUGUUUUUUCACUCGACCUGGUUCCGCAAACAGGAGUAUCUGGAUGCUUUCAAGAGAUUCCUGGACGAUAUGGCCAAAUAUCCGGAUGUGUAUUUCGUUACCGGCAACCAGGCCAUCGAGUGGAUGCGUAAUCCGACGACCUCGAACCAGCUUGGCCGCUUCGAACCCUGGCAGUGCCGACCUAAGCAGCUUGAUCCGCAGGAGCAAGCCUGUAAUCUGCCCCGUACUUGUAAGCUGCACAGUCGAGUGCUGCAGCAAGACCGCUACCUUUAUACCUGCAACGAAUGCCCGGCCCAAUACCCGUGGAUCAGGAACGAGUUCGGAUUAGACUGAGUCCGGUUUUUGGUUUAGUUUGGAAUUUAUUUACAAGAAAAAUAACUCAUAACAUUGAGUAUUUUGUAUUUCCUUUUGUUUCUGUUGAACGA